AUGUCGUCGGGCGGCAGUCUGAGUACCAUGCAGCGGCUGGUGGAGCAGCUGAAGCUGGAGGCGGCCGUGGAGAGGAUCAAGGUCUCUCAGGCAGCUGCAGAACUCCAGCAGUACUGUAUGCAAAAUGCCUGCAAAGAUGCCUUGCUUGUUGGGGUUCCUGCCGGGAGCAAUCCCUUUCGUGAACCCCGAUCCUGUGCCCUACUCUAA